CGGGGCAGAAAGGCAUAAUACGUGAGAUAAGCCCAAAAUAAAACAAAAAACUCUUAUCGCGACGUAAUUUUGGGUGCUUUUGGUUUCGUGUGGAAUAAAUUGUUGGACCUAUUGGGAGACACUGAGCUGCCGAGAUGAGCUACCCAGACGAAGAGGAGCAGGUCGGAUCUUUUCCCAAAGAUUUCGGUUACGGAGACUUCGAUCACGAAUCCGAUAGUAACAGGGCCGAUGACAAACCACGCAUCCUGCUGAUGGGAUUGCGCAGAUCGGGGAAAAGUUCCAUCCAGAAAGUGGUUUUUCACAAAAUGUCCCCCAACGAGACACUUUUCCUCGAAUCGACCAACAAAAUUGUGAAGGACGACAUCAACAACAAUAGCUUUGUGCAGUUUCAAAUUUGGGAUUUCCCUGGACAGAUUGAUUUCUUUGACCCUACCUUCGACUCGGACAUGAUUUUCGGUGGAUGUGGAGCCCUGGUUUUCGUCAUCGAUGCCCAGGAUGAUUACAACGAGGCGCUCACGAAACUCAACCAAACCGUGACCAAGGCGUACAAAGUUAACCCACGCAUCAAGUUUGAGGUAUUCAUCCACAAAGUGGACGGGGUCAGUGACGAUUUUAAAAUGGAAUCACAGCGGGACAUCCACACGAAGGCCACCGAUGACCUUCUGGACGCCGGGCUGGAGGGAGUCCAUCUAAAUUUCCACCUCACCUCUAUCUACGACCAUUCCAUUUUCGAAGCGUUUUCCAAAGUGGUGCAAAAGCUUAUCCCGCAACUGGCUGCGCUGGAGAAUCUGUUGAAUCUGUUUAUCCACAAUUCGGGCAUCGAAAAGGCGUUCCUCUUUGAUGUUGUGUCCAAAAUUUACAUUGCAACCGAUGCUACUCCAGUGGACAUGCAGAGCUAUGAGCUGUGCUGCGAUAUGAUCGACGUGGUCAUCGAUUUGUCCUGUAUCUACGGUUCUCGCGACAAUCCCGAUGUGCCCGCAUUCGACAAUCAGAGCUCGAGCAUAAUCAAAAUGAACAAUAGCACAGUGCUUUACCUUAGGGAAGUGAAUAAAUUUCUCGCUCUCGUGUGCAUCAUUCGCGAAGAAAGUUUCGCUAGGCAGGGCGUGAUCGAUUACAAUUUUCUGUGCUUCCGCGAGGCCAUAACGCAAGUGUUCGAGCUACGCUUCAAGCACCAAAAACUGCAGGCCCUAGAACCUGAUGCUGAUAAUGUGAGCGACUACCGCGUAGAUACAGCCCUUUCAUCUAUCAAUGGCAGCGUCUAGCCACGCUCCUUGAUGUUGCUAGACUUCAUUACGGCAGUCAUUUUGUUUGCUAAGCACUCUUAAGUAGUGGAAACUGUUUUCAUUCUAGAACGCCUGUUGCAAGACUUUUCCAAAAAUUGGUAGUUAUUUCUUUCGAAACGUGCACAUCCCUAUCUCGCAACAACAACGACCUUUCUCGCAAGAAGAUUCCUGUACGAUUUUUGCUUGCACUCACUUAUUAAGUGGCAACAUCCGAAGAAAAUGAAAAGUUGUUUCGUUGGAAAGUGUUUUAAAAUGAGCGAUGAGAAAAUAUAGUUACGUGAAUAAUAAUUA